CGCUUUUCUGUUUUCGCCAUCUGCUUCUCUGACCCUGGAAUUCAACAAAAAACUCCUAUUCUGUAGCAGAUUUCCUAUGAAGCAGGUGAGGUGGAAGUCCUUUGUGAUAUUAUACGUUUUUCCCAGGAGAAGGCUAUGAUUUACAGUGUCAUAAGCUGCUGACAAGUCUAUGAAGACAGCUCCUGUAAUCUGCUGCCUUCCAAACCCAUCUUAUGUGCUGAGUCAGGUUCAACACUUGUAAUGUUCCAGAACCGACUUGCAACAUCUUCUCUUUCAAACCAACUCUUCUGCAAGAAAAGGAUCAUGUACCAAUAUUUACUUAGCUGAACUCAAUCACUUAUCUAUCAGAUCUUAACUUCAAGGUGGCUUCUUUGUGACUAAGAAUAAAAAGUGCAGAUGUCUCAACAAUCAGUAAGGUCCUAUUUGUAUUUUGACACAUCUGCCCUUCGCUGGCUAUUCGAAAUCUGGUACUCCCAGAUAUAAAAGGAGGAGCAGUGGCUAACAAAAACAGAUCACAGAAUAAGUUUUUUGCUUCUUUCUCUGCCAGCUUUUUCAGGUAAACAAUUUAAUGAUCUUCCACUCUUCUUAAAAUUUAUUUUCUCUGUCUUAUGUUGGAGAGAUUUCUGGUUUAUCUGGUUUUUAGUAACCCUAUUGUCCCACUUUUCUUUUUUGGAAGCAGCUAGCUGUUUGUUUUUGAUCUACUCAUGUCAUUCCUCUGAUAUCACUAUGAGAGUUCCAAUAAUCUUUCUCCAGCAUUCUAUGAUUUAACAUCCUUAUUAUCAGAUUCACUAAGACUGACUAUUUCUCUUUAUCAUUCACAAUUCUCUUGUUGAAACAGCUCUUGGGUUAUUCUGUGAGUCACUCUGGCCUAAAACUAAUUGCAAUUUUAAAAAUGCUCUGUAUUCUACAGUUGGGGUAUCCAGAAAAUAUUAAACAGUAAAAAGAGUGUUUUUUUCUUGCUGCAUUGAGCAGAGAACCCUUCUUAAGGGAAAAAAAAGAUACAACUGACAAAGACUGCAGUGAAGAAAGAUGACUUCUACGGAAGACUCGGAAAUUCUUAAAACCCUAUUUCAGUACCAGCAUGGAUUUCUCGUAUCAAAAAUUAUGUUUACUGCUGCUGAGCUGGGAGUAUUUGAUCUGCUGAGGGAAUCAGAAGAACCCCUGACCGCCGAGGCUAUUGCUGAAGGCCUGGGAACCAGUCGCAUAGGAAUGCAAAGGCUGCUGGAAGCCUGUGUGGGUUUGAAACUGCUGAGAAUGGAAAUGAGGGAUAACAAAGGUUUUUAUGGAAACACAGCCCUUGCCGAUCUCUACCUUGCUAAAUCAAGCCCAAAGUCUCAGUAUUCUUACAUGCAAUUAGAUUCUGAAUUCUACUAUCCCAGUUUUCAAAACUUGGCAGACGUUGUAAGGGAAGGAAAAAAUCAGAUCAGAUCAAUACAUGAGUCUUCAGUGAAAGAUUUUUUUCGGGCUAUUUAUAGGUCAGAGGAAGGGAUACAACUAUAUUUCGGUGCCAUGAAAAAUGCUUGGACUCUGUAUUGUAGAGAAAUAAUAUCUGAGUGUGAUCUUUCUCAGUUUCAUCAUAUUUGUGAUCUGGGAGGAGGAAGUGGCAUCUUCGCCGAAGAACAUAUAUUGACAUAUCCAAAUUCUUCUGUGACCAUUUUUGAUCUACCAGAAGUAGUGGAAAAAGCAAAAAAGAAUUUUGAAGGCUUAGAAGAAAGCCGGAUUUCAUUCCAGGGAGGGGAUUUUUUUAAAGAUUCUGUUCCUGUGGCUGACUUGUAUAUUCUAUCAAGAAUCUUGCACUUAUGGGAUGAUGAAAAGUGCAUGCAACUGCUAACGAAACUGUACAAAGCCUGCAAGCCUGGUGGUGGAGUUUUAGUAAUUGAACCUGUUCUUGACGAGGAAAGAGUUCGAUCUUUUGGAGCUCAUGUUGCCUCCAUAAAGCUGCUCGUCCAUACUGAUGGGAAAACCCGGACUCCAUCAGAGCACAAAGCACUCCUCACUGCAGCUGGCUUCAAGGAGAUUCAAGCAAAACAUGGAAGUGUGUAUGGUGCCCUUUUGGGACGAAAAUAAUGACGCCCUUGUUCUUUGUUCUUCAACAUCUAAAGGAAAUUGGAAUAAAGCUCAGUUCACCUUCUUUCUUAUUUCAAGAUACUACUAAGCGCUACAUAUUCACUGAGGUUCCAGAAUCUUGGAAAGAAUCCACAAUAGUACUCAUCCCAAAAUGAGAUAAGGAUUUGGACCAAAUUAAAAAUUACAGACCUAUUUCAAUAUUGAACUGUGACUAUAAAUUACUUGCCACAAUUUAGUUUGCUAGAACAAUUUUGUUUAAAUAGCCUUUCCCAGUCCUUCCCUCCCCUUCCAGUCCCUUCCAAUCCCUUCCCUUCCGUGAUAUGUCUGUGCCUUGUGUUGCAUGGGAAAGCCGGGAGAGAAGGAUGAUGAUGAUGAUGACGAUGGUUAUUGUAAAGAAGUAUGAUGACAGGGAUGGAAUCUUUUUGGAUCCCACCGCUGCCACCAAAUUGCGAAGGAUUCAACUUCUACCUCUAUGUAUCCCACUUUUCAAUGUUGUCGCUGCCACCACCUUUGAAAGAUGCUUUGCUCAAAUAAUAAGCAACAAUUGAAGAAACAGUAACUUGUUUAUUUAUAGCACAAAGCUUGAUGGUCGCAAGAAUGUUAUAUCUUGAGUUGAACGAUGUUACUUCUGCACAGUAAGUGUUGCAAGAUUUCUCAAUAGUUUCUCUGAGCUUAGUAUGGUAUCAGCUUUAUAUGACUUGUUUCUUUCAGUUAGGAAUACUGUCCUUCUUGAACUUAGUUGAUCUGUACCCGAUCAAACUUGGACUGGGGAGUUUAACUGGUUAACCCUAGUCCUCCUUGACUUAGGGAUGUAGCCUCAGCUCUUUAGUUAUCCCUACUAAAGGCUCAGCAACUUUAAUUUUAGCCCUUCUCCGCUAAAACUCUCUAGCUGCUCAACUUCCUCCCACAAUCCCUUCUC